UUUCUACUUUCGUGCAAAAAUAAUAUAAAAGUUAAAUUUAUAACAUAAAAUAAACAAAUAUGUGGCGUUAUUUAAUGACCAGUUUUCUAGUUAAUGUUUUAUUAAACAUUUUCAUGCCUUCAGCUGUUUUAAGCUAUGAUCCAAAUGACAAGAAAAUUGCUUCGGUCUUGCCACCGGAGGGCAUGUUUGAGGCUUUCUAUCCCCGGGAAAUGGAUGGUGUGCCGAAUAGUGCCUCCCGGCCAGCACAUGCUCAUGGUUCGUUCUUUAAACAUCGUAAUCCUGCCCUGGUGGAUACAAAAAAUGCUGCUGCUUAUGGCUAUCGAUUCGAUGGUAAAAGGAGAUUUAAUUUUGAUUAAGAGUAAAUGAAAUAAAGUGUAUUUUGUUAGAAAUAAAGAGUAAUAAAUAAAAUGCUUAAAGAGAGUUUUGUUUAUAAA